ACAGUUGGGCCAAACCCAGACCCGAGCUUUCUUUUGCAAAGAAAGGUAUAAAGUCACCGUCAAGCCCACAGCAUCCAUCUCUUUUUCAUCAGCAUCAAGCCAGCUUCUCCUUCCACUCCUUUCUAACAACCUCAAUCGCUCACCUCGAUCUCCAACUCUUCAAGAUGAAGACCUCCGCUCUUUUGUCUCUCCUCGCCGCUGCUGGCAUGGUUGCCGCCGCUCCUCUGAAUAACAUCCCCGCGAUGCCUGGCGCCCUUACCAAUGCUGCCCCUGCCACCGGCGUCGAGACCCCGGACACCCACGGCAGCGUUCCUGAUACCCACAGCGUCUCUGACGGGGCACAAAUUGUCAACCCCCCCGCGGCCAAGGUCCCUGAGGCCAAGGUCCCUGAGGCCAAGGUUCCUGCAGCCAAGGCCCCCGAAGUUGCUCAUGUCCCAAGCCGUCGAGGCGCGCCGGUCAACAUCGGCGGCGUAUCUGGCGAUAACGACAUCGACGGCGACAACAACAUGAUCGCCUACCCUCCCAGUCAUAAGCCCGCCCCGGCCCCAGCUCCCAUCCCUGAGCCCGCCCCGGCCCCGGCCCCGGCUCCUGCUCCCGCUCCCGCUCCCGCUCCUGCUCCUGCUCCCGCCCCGGCCCCCGCUCCCGCUUCGCACCCGGCUCCGGCCCCCGCCCCCGCCGCUCCCGCGCCCGCGCCCGCCAGCGAGCUAGACCUCCACCACGACGCCGCCCAGGAGGCGGACCAUAGCGCCAACUUCAACACCUGGGAGAACCACAACUCCGGCGUCAAGGAGCACGAGCACCACGUCGACGACUACGAUUACUCCGCCUACGACAACACCAGCAAGGGGGCCUCCGGUUCGACGCAGGACCACCAGGCCGGUCAGGUCAACAACAACUUCCACGUCGAGAACCACUAAGCUCCCUCCCCUCUUUCGGAAGUGACCCGUUUAGUGGGAUUUGAGUUCGGUGGUCAGUUAUCUUGUUCUUGGGAGUAGUUGUUUACUUAGUGUAUCUAGUGUUUAAUAACCUUCCUUCGUUUUGGU